GGGAGAGGAAACAGAAGACCAGACUGGUGGGUCUCAGAGCCACUCAGCCAUGCUGGGAGCAAAGCGCGGCCAGCCAGCAGGUCCCCCAGCCAGUCCCAGGCUGCCCUUGGUCCUGAUGCUUCUGGCCCUGGGGGCCGGGUGGGCCCAGGACGGGGCAGAGCCCAUCCUACUAGAGGGUGAGUGCCUGGUGGUCUGUGAGCCCGGCCGAGCUGCUGCAGGAGGACCCGGGGGGGCAGCCCUGGGAGAGGCACCCCCCGGAAGAGUGGCAUUUGCUGCAGUCCGAAGCCACCACCAUGAGCCGGCAGAGGAGACGGGUAACGGCACCAAUGGGGCCAUCUACUUUGACCAGGUCCUGGUGAAUGAGGGUGGUGGCUUUGACCGGACCUCAGGUUCCUUCGUGGCCCCUGUCCGCGGUGUCUACAGCUUCCGCUUCCACGUGGUGAAGGUGUACAACCGCCAAACCGUCCAGGUGAGCCUGAUGCUGAACACAUGGCCUGUCGUCUCAGCCUUUGCCAACGAUCCUGAUGUGACCCGGGAGGCAGCCACCAGCUCUGUGUUGCUGCCCCUGGACCCUGGGGACCGGGUGUCCCUGCGCUUGCGCCGGGGGAACCUACUGGGUGGCUGGAAAUACUCAAGCUUUUCUGGCUUCCUCAUCUUCCCACUCUGAGGACCUGGGCUUUUAAAGGAUGAGAAUCCAGCAUCUGACUACUGCCUUCUGCCCUCUGCCCUCUCCUUCUCCAGGAACAGCAUCUUUAGGGCAGGAGAGAGGCUCCCCCUGGCUGCCUGUAUCCCACUCUUUGCAUGGGACCCUGUGCCAAACACCCAAGGUUAAGAACAGAGAAGCUGAGAGCCAUGGGGUCUUUGGCCUGGCCACCUCCACUCUGCCCUCUCCUAUGCCCUCCCAGCCUCCCCACUGCAUCUCUUUGUGCCUGCAGCCUCAGGGUUGGGGCAGGAUUUGGGCAGUUAGGAGGCCUGCGCUGCUUUGCAAUCUCUGCUGCUCCUGUCGUCCCUCCCCCAGCUUCCUGCUGUGUAUUGUUUUGCGACAGGUGGCACAGGUAAGCCUGACAGACCCCCACAGGGAACCAGAUGGACCACCCUCAGCAUACCCUAGGCCUCCUUCCUCUGAGGAGUGCCAGCAUCACGGAUUUCAGCCAACACAGUGAGGAGCUGAGCCAGCAGCUUACAGCAUGCACGGCAUGAGCAGAAAAGUGGGGAGGGCCUUAGAGCAGCCUGGGUCUGCCUGGUGGGGCAGGAAGGGGGGUGCACCCAGCCUGGACAUGGUACACACUCUGCAAGUACAUAGGGGCAGCUGGCAGGCAGGGAGCCUGGGCAUCCAUCUGUGUCAGGUCCUGGAUGAACUCUGACCUUCACCUCUCUACCCAGUUCAUGGGGUGUGUGUAUGUGCUCUGGCAGUUGUUCCAUGAGUGGCACCGAGAGCUGAGCUGAGUUACAGAAACUGCCAUGGAGGUGGGGGUAGAGAGUCACACAUGGACAAGUACAGAUCUCCACGCCAUGGAACACAUCCCUGACCAUGCGUCCUCUGGCUUGGCCACUUCCUGGAACUGCUCCACCUCUGAAGUCUGAACUUCAGUCACUCCAUGCUUUGGCUACCACCUCCUUCCUCCCAGAUGCUCACCCAGUUACCUUCACUGUGCUUGUUCCCACCUACGACAUGACUUCUCUUCUUUCCUCUGAUCCAUGCGGUCUUAUACUCCUUCUUAAACUUCUUAUGGCCUUGGAUUCCAUGGUCCAUCCCUUUAAAACUCCUGCCAAUAUCUUAAACUAACACUCUCCUCCCCUACUGCUGACCCCAGUCCCAUUGGCCCACCAUGGAUGAAUCUAUCAAUAAAGCAGCUAGAGAACAGUGAUUGAUGAGUCACUGUAAGAUCACUAAAGAGAGAGGAUGCAUUUGAAUUUGGGUCAGGGGGGAAAGGGUAUAAGCAGAUAGGUUAUAGAGAAAAUAAAUGUUAAAUUGUAUACUAGAGUCAAAUUAGAAAGGAUUUAGAAAUGUUUGAGUUAAUUAGGAAAUACCAAUGUGAUUUAUCUUUUCAAACUUUGUGACUAAAGUAGACUAGAAAUAUCAGUAACAAUUUUAUAUGUGUUCUUAACACCUGGAUUUUGAUCUCAAAUAUUAUUCACCGUUAAAAAGACCAAGGAUUCCUUGGCGAGUAACUCCAUGCAUUAAAUAACACUAGGCCUGGAAUGUGUUACUGAUGGCAGAAAGCAAGAAUAGGUUUUUAAAUGUAUAGAAUAGAGUAGAAAGACAAAGGAAUGAACUCAAAGAGGCUCUCAGUUUUGUCAUGUUGUGACAGCUUGAUCGUCAAAAGGAAAUAAUAAUUUUUAAAAAAGGAAAUAAUGUAGUUAAUUGGAACGAAGUGAAUUUUCAAAAUCUGUGAAUCCAUAAUGAUACUCAGGAAGGAACAAAUCACUAUAAAGUGUGUAGAAAGGUAGUUAAUAUACUAAAGAACAAAGAGUGAAUAUAAUAGGAUGUUUAAAAAUGAAUGUUGAUAAAGUACAAGAGUACAAGUAUGGUAGGCAUUUUGUCUGUUGAUAAAGAACAUUUAUUUCUCUUUAUCUGUAUAAGUAGGGAGGGGUGAAUACAGAGAGCUCCAAGUAAAAUAAAUAACAGAAAAAUUUGGAACCAUGCCAAGAAUGAAAGGGACUGAUCAAGCACCAUUUAGUCAUAUGACCAUGAAGACAGAGUCCAACAGUCUGUUAUGAAGUGGUGAAUUAGUCACACGUCCAACAGAGAACAGCUCUCUGCUCAAACGUGAUCCUUCAUCUCCUGGGAAAUUAAGUCAUUCUGUUACCCUACUUAUUAUGUGAGAUAUUAAUAAGGCAUGAUGAUUAGGAUUAAAUUUGUCUGUAUCAGUAAAACCCAAAAUAAUAAUGGCUCAAACAAGCUCAAAGAUUAUUUCUGUCUUACACAGAAGAGACUGAAAAUAAAGAGUGCAGGGAUGGGAUGGCAUUUUUAUAAUCA